GUGACAAUUGUUGAAUGGUUGCUUGUUCACAUUUAUUGAAAGGGAAUUCUUCUUGCAAGCUAAGGGUCAGGACAUCAUCUCUUAUUUUCAAGGCAUUAAGGAUCCAAAAGUUAACCUGUAGAUUGAAAUUUAUAAGAUUUCUUAUCAUUUUGCUAGUUUAUCCUCUAUUUAUACAUGUUGCAACUUGGAUAUGUUGAUCGUUUAUUACAUCUAUUAUCUCUGUGUCGGACAAUUUCAAAUUAUGGUAAAUGAUGCAAUUUUGAUAAUUAAUUAUAUGCUAUGAAUAUAUACCUUUGGCUGCCUAAAAAUUUUUCACCCUUCAAAAAUUUCGAAUACCCAAAACUUAAAUCCUGGGCCCGCCAGCCGAUCAAGCUCUCCCGCGCCGCCCCUGCGCCGCUGUUCCCUUAACUUCUCGCGCCGCCGUCAUCUCCGCGCAGCGCCUCUGCUCCCUCCCUCCCUCUGGCUUCGCCGCUGGACGAGAGCGCGCAUCGAGACGGGGCCGGUUGGGCGCGGCUCUAUCUGCGCCUCUCCCCCGGCCAUAUUUCGUCCUCCUCUGGCCGGAUCUCACCCUGCGGCUCGUCCCGUGGCUGUCCUGCGCUGUUCAGAGUUUGAGCACAUGGUCUCUCCGUGCAUCAUUAAGAGACCGAGCCGCCAUCCCCCCAUCCCCUGCUAUCUGCUAAUUCAUUUGUUCUAGCCUUCAUAUUAGCCCAUGUUCAUUCCACAAUACUCCUACUUUAGUACCUUUGUACCUCAUUACAAUACCUGACACUCCUUAACCUGCUGUUACAAAUUAGGUUGAGCUGCUCGAUUCAAUCAAUAAAGAAGGGUGAAAGGCUACGUGAGCUCUUGCUGCAGCUAGAACAACUUACACCAGAAUCAUGGCGAGCCUUGCCGAUUCUUUUCUAGCGGAUCUUGAUGAACUGUCAGACAAUGAAGGCUAUCCUGAAGAAGACAAUGCUGAGGCAGCUGGUAUGGAGGAUGACGGUGAUGAUGAUAUGCCUGACCUUGAGUCUCUUAAUUACGAUGAUCUGGAUAGUGUCUCAAAGUUGCAGAAGACGCAACGCUAUAAUGACAUAAUGCAAAAAGUUGAAGAUGCACUUCAGAAAAGCACUGACUUCUCCAAUCAAGGUUCCAUCCUGGAGGAGGAUCCAGAGUACCAGCUUAUUGUGGACUGCAAUGCUUUAUCAGUAGAUAUUGAGAAUGAGAUAAUCAUAAUCCAUAAUUUCAUACGUGACAAGUAUAGGUUGAAGUUUCCUGAACUGGAGUCCCUCGUUCAUCAUCCGAUUGAUUAUGCCCGUGUUGUCAAAAAGAUUGGAAAUGAGAUGGACUUAACACUUGUAGAUCUGGAAGGGCUUUUACCUUCUGCAAUUAUAAUGGUUGUCUCAGUGACAGCAUCAACAACAAGUGGAAAGCCUCUUUCUGAGGAAAAUUUGAAAAAAACAGUUGAAGCUUGUGACAGAGCCCUUACGCUCGAUGCCGCAAAGAAGAAAGUGCUUGAUUUUGUAGAGAGUAGAAUGGGUUACAUUGCACCGAACCUUUCUGCCAUUGUUGGCAGUGCUGUUGCCUCAAAACUGAUGGGUACUGCUGGUGGUCUGGGAGCACUUGCAAAAAUGCCUGCUUGUAAUGUUCAGUUACUUGGUGCAAAGAGGAAAAAUCUUGCUGGAUUUUCUACUGCCACAUCUCAGUUUCGAGUUGGCUAUCUUGAACAAACUGAAGUAUUUCAGAGCACACCUCCAGCUCUGAGGACUAGGGCUUGCAGGCUUAUUGCUGCAAAGUCAACUCUAGCAGCAAGGAUUGAUUCAAUUAGAGGUGAUCCAACUGGAAAAGCUGGACGGAACUUAUUAGAAGAAAUUCGUAAGAAGAUUGAGAAGUGGCAAGAACCACCUCCUGCAAAGCUUCCAAAGCCACUUCCCGUUCCGGACUCUGAACCUAAAAAGAAGAGAGGGGGUCGUCGGCUUCGUAAAAUGAAAGAAAGAUAUGCGCAAACUGAUAUGAUGAAGCUUGCAAACCGGAUGCAAUUUGGGAUUCCAGAGGAGAGCUCUUUAGGUGAUGGCUUGGGGGAAGGUUAUGGCAUGCUCGGACAGGCAGGAAGUGGCAAGCUGCGUGUCUCAGCUGGACAAAACAAACUUGCUGCUAAAGUGGCGAAGAAAUUCAAGGAGAAGAGCUAUGGUAGCAGCGGUGCAACUUCAGGAUUGACAUCUAGUUUGGCAUUUACACCAGUUCAGGGAAUAGAGUUGUCAAAUCCACAGGCCCAAGGGAACCCGCUUGGAGGUGGAACUCAAAGUACCUACUUUUCUGAGACCGGUACAUUUUCAAAGAUCCGGAGGACCCAAUAGAAGCUGAUUUCCCCGUUGCAACCAUCUCAUCUCAUCUGCACUGCAGUUGUUGAAAUCGUUGGGACAUUGUUGAAAAAUCCAAAAAUCCAGCAUGUGAAUGUACCAAAGUCUUGUUUUUCAAUUGAAGCAAAAUCCAGAGAUUUUAUGAAACACGGCUUAGUUUUGCUUCAGGCACCUUUUCAAGCCGGGAUGUUUGCAAACCACUAGCCUGUUCAACCUAUUGCUAGUUGAGUUGAUACGUGUCGUACAUAGUCCCUGUGAAUCCCAGUUUGUAUUGUACUUCUUCCGUCCAUAAAUAACUGUCGUUUUCGCUU